CCCAUCUCUCUCUCUCACAGUCUCCCAGACAUAUGCAGAACCAGAGGCGUCGGGGACAAUAGGGAAAAAGAAAUAUUUUUUGAUGAAGGCAUAUCACUUUGAGAGCAAUCAGACAUGCAAAUAGCCCUUCCAAAAAUCAAGCAAGUCUUUGAAGAGAUUUAAAAAUAGAAAAUUUGGAAUUUUAUCAUGGAUCACAAGACUGAAGGGAAAAGGAAGCAGCGACAUAGCUUGACUUUACUGGAUCAAUUAAACAGUAUGAAAGAAUUAACACAAAUGGUUGAUGUGAUCCUUGUAGCAGAAGGUGAGAAGUUCCCCUGCCAUAAACUGAUAUUGGCUGCAUUCAGUCCCUAUUUCAAAGCUAUGUUUACCUGUGGCUUGCUUGAGUGCACCCAAAGAGAAGUGGUGCUCUAUGACAUCUCAUCAGAGAGUGUGUCCAUAAUACUCAACUACAUGUACAGUGCAGAUUUGCAGCUCACUAAUUUCAAUGUCCAAAGUGUUGCUGUUGCUGCAUUUUUUAUGCAGAUGGAAGAUGUUUUCAAUGUGUGUCAGAAAUACAUGAUGGACCAUAUGGAUGCUUCCAACUGCGUGGGGAUCUACUAUUUUGCAAAGCACAUUGGAGCAGAAGAAUUGUCCGAUCAAACCAGGCAAUAUUUGUAUCAGCACUUUGCUGAGGUGAGCUUGCAUGAAGAAAUAUUAGAGAUUGAAGCACAGCAAUUGCUGAGUCUCAUAAGAUCAGAUGAUCUGAAUGUAUCCCGGGAGGAGAGCAUUUUGGACUUGGUCCUCAGAUGGGUGAACCAUAGCAGAAAAUCACGUGUCAAGUACCUGAUUGAACUCCUGAAGCAAGUGAGACUGGAACUUGUAAGUCCUUCUUUCCUAGUGGAAGCUCGGAAAAGGAACACGGUGCUUCUCUCUAACUCAGAAUGUCAUGAUAUGAUUGAUGGAGCAUUAGAAACUAUAAAGAAAUCCACCCACCCCUCUCUCAGUCUUCGCUAUGGCAUGGAGACCACCAGUCUUCUACUUUGCAUCGGCAAUAAUUCUCUGGGGAUUCGAUCAAGACAUGGUAGCUAUGCAGAUGCCAGUUUUUGUUACGCUCCUGCAACACAAAAGACUUAUUUCAUUUCCUCCCCAAAGUAUGGUGAGGGUUUAGGAUGUGUGUGUACCGGUGUUGUCACUGAGAACAACGAUAUUAUUGUGGCAGGGGAGGCCAGUGCUGCCAAAACGUCUAGACAAAAAACCAAGAACAUUGAAAUUUAUAGGUACCACAAUAGAGGAAACAGGUUUUGGCAAAGUUUGUGCACUGCUCAGUUUCGUGAACUCUAUGCCUUGGGCACUGUUCAUAAUGACCUGUAUGUCAUAGGAGGGCAAAUGAAACUGAAAAAUCAAUAUCUGGUCACAAACUGUGUUGAGAAGUAUUCCAUGGAGCAAGAUAGCUGGAGAAGCGUGGCACCUCUUCCAGUGCAACUGGCCUGCCAUGCUGUGGUAACAGUAAAUAAUAAACUCUAUGUGAUGGGAGGCUGGACACCACAGAUGGAUCUCCCUGACGAUGAGCUGGAUCGAUUAAGUAACAGAAUGUUGCAGUAUGACCCAGGCCAAGACAAAUGGACAGAGUGCACACCAAUGAAGUACUCCAAAUACCGUUUCAGCACAGCUGUAGUCAACAGUGAGAUUUAUGUCGUGGGAGGAAUUGGCUGCUUGGGUCAAGACAGGGGACAGGCACGGCAAUGUCUUGAUGCAGUGGAGAUUUAUAACCCUGAUGGGGAUUUUUGGAGAGAUGGGCCUCCAAUGCCGUCUCCUCUCCUCAGCUUACGAACCAACUCCACUAGUGCAGGCUCGGUGGAAGGGAAGCUAUAUCUCUGCGGAGGAUUUCAUGGAGCAGCUCGCCAUGAAAUUAUCACCAAAGAGAUCCUAGAGCUGGAUACGUGGGAAAACCAGUGGAAUGUGGUGGCCAUCAACGUCCUCAUGCAUGACAGCUACGAUGUCUGUCUUGUAGCUAGACUGAACCCCCGAGAUCUUAUCCCCCCACCCUCUGACCUAGUGGAUCAAUAGAAAUGAAGUUGUUCCUUGUGCUUACAGAUUCUGUUGUAGCUGAAGAGCUCAGAAUAGAGAGAGAUGUGCAGCUCGACCUUGGAAGUGACCUGAGGUGAAAAUUGGGUUCUACAGAGAUGAGUCUGUGACAUGCUCAAGCAAGCAGCGCCUUAGACCUGUGAUCUCAGCCACUGCUAUGUACUCAGUAUUGGUACUUCAAGCUUUUGUGAUUGAUACUAUAGGCUUCCCAUCCCAAUAAGCCUCUGGAGUUGGCCCAGGCACCCUACCACAGCACUUCAUCGUUUAGCCACGAAAGCUCUAAUGUACAAUGCAGGUUGGGCUACUGUGGGCCUUAGCCUCACCAUCAUAGUUGCAGCCCAAGGCCCAUUGCAGGGUAAAGCAGCACAACUGAAUGAGAGCCCUAGCAGGUGCAGAUAAAGUUUCAAGGGAAGAUUCCGUCUUCACUUACAUGCUGUGCACCCUAUUGAUUUCAGCAGGGUUAACAAGGGUGUUAAGAGCUAGCAGAACUUGGUCUGAAAUUCGUACAGUUGCCCAAAGGGGAGCCCAGUGCAUGAGCUGUGGUAGUGGGAGAGAAGAGGCAAGGAGCCUUCCUUUCUUUUGCAUUCCUGCAGAGGGGCCAAGCAUAGUCCCAGUAGGGAGCACAGACUAGAGCAAAGAGUAAUACUAACUACCUUAAAGAGGUUGGGAUGAAUGUAGGCUGUGGCCCUGCCACCCCCUCUGGAGGUGAACCAGUUUUGGGGGAAAGCAUCCUGCAUCUUCUCUCAGGAUUCUGAAGCUCCUGCACCAGUGUCAGGAGGAAAUCCAAUGCUCAGGGGCUUGUGCUGCUGUGUGACCAGGUGUAGCCAGUACCUUGAAGGUACAAUCUGGCUCAGUUUUAAAACCCUUCUUAGUUAGAACUUUGAAUACAAUAUUUGAAAUGGGGGGGAGAGAAAUGAAACACAAAAAUAAAAAAUUAAACCAACUUUAUCAGCAAAUGAGAGAUGCUGUCAUGCAUCCACACAAAGAGAACAAAGAUUCCGACAGCAGCUCCUCAGCAGUUUAGCAGUUGUUGUUUAUAUCAGGCUAUUGUUUAAAUAGAAGUAGCUUUCAUGUAGCAUUGGGAUAAACUCUGCACCAAAAGAAAGAUUUUGCUUUUUCCAGAGGGACUUAAGAGUAGUUCAGACAGAAUGAUCACAUU